CGUUAACAUCUACCUUCAUUACCUUAAUUUUUCGCACUCACCCCACAGACAAAAGGUAUAUGUCCAUUUAAUUUCGUCAAGUUUACUGGUAAGAUCCUAUUAAAUUAUUCAUAUAUUCAAAAUGGUACUACGUUCAAUAUCUAUAAAAAGAGUAGUAUCCAAUAUUAGACCAUUUGGUAAACGGAUUUCUCAAAGAAAUUUUUCAACCAGCAACAAUUCGCUCAAAACUAGAUCCUGGAGUACUCCUUUAGUAUUCAUAGGUGGAGCAUCUAUCGGUGGAUUUGCAACUUAUCAAUAUUAUAAUUCUCAAAUUAAUGAUAAACUCAAUUCCACUAAUCCAAUUUCAGUAUUAUCAACUUUACCACUUGAUCAAUUAAAAUCUCCAAAUUAUGCAUCCAGUGAAGAAAUUGAACUGGCCAUAAAAGAAAUUAGAGCUGUAUUUUAUAAAUCGACUCCUAAAAUUGAAGAUGAAUCUAUUUUAAUUAAUAAUUCAAGAGAAGAAAUUGAUUCUCAUGCUGAUACUUAUUUCAAUUCUCAUCAUGCAUCAAGAGAAGAAAGACCUCAAUAUGUUGUAUAUCCUCGACUGACUCAAGAAGUAUCUGAUAUUAUGAAAAUUUGUCAUAAAUAUAGAAUUCCUGUUGUUCCAACAACAGGUAGAUCAUCAUUAGAGGGACAUUUUAUUCCUACUCGAGGUGGUAUAGUUAUUGAUAUAUCUAAUAUGAAUAAAGUUUUAAAAUUAAAUAAAACAGAUUUAGAUAUUACAGUUCAAGGAGGACUUGGAUUUGAAGAAUUAGCUGAUUACCUUGAAGAAUAUAAACUUUUAUUUGGUCCAGAUCCUGGUCCAGGUGCUGGAAUUGCAGGAAUAGUUGGAACUAAUGCUUCAGGUACUAAUGCUACUCGGUAUGGUGAAACUUAUAAAAAUAUUAUUAAUUUAACCGUAGUUUUGGCUGAUGGAACAAUUAUUAAAACUAAACAACGUCCAAGAAAAUCUAGUGCUGGAUAUAAUUUAAAUUCUUUAUUCAUUGGAAGUGAAGGUACUUUAGGUAUAGUUACAGAAGCAACAUUAAGAUUAUAUGUUAAACCAGCUUUAGAAUCGGUUGCAGUAGUUCCAUUCCCAACUAUAAAGGAUGCAGCCGAUUGUGUAAAUGGAAUGUUACUUGAAGGAAUUAUUCCUAAUGCUACUGAACUUUUAGAUGAUAAAAUGAUGAAAGUUAUUAAUUUAACAGGAGAAACUACAAGAAAAUGGCAAGAACGUCCAACAUUAUUUUUAAAAUUAGGUGGAUCUAAUGUUACAGUAUUAGAAUCAUUAAUUGGACAAAUUAAAGAUAUUGCAGCUAAGAAUAAUAGUAAAGAUUUUCAAUUUGCAAUUGAUCAAGAUGAAAAAGAAGAACUUUGGUCUGCUAGAAAAGUUGCAUUAUGGUCUACGAUUAAUCAUGGUAAAGAAAUUGAUCCUACCAUGCAAUUAUGGACAACCGAUGCAGUUGUUCCAAUAUCUCAUUUACCUGAAUUUUUAACUCAAACUAAACAAGAUAUAGAUAAUCAUGGAUUAAAAAAUACAUUAGUGGCUCAUAUUGGAGAUGGUAAUGCUCAUAGUUUUAUUUUAUAUACUGAAAAGGAUAGAGAAAUUGCUGAAAAAGUAGUUAAUAAUAUGGUUAAAAGAGCUAUUGAAUUUGAAGGUACAUGUACUGGAGAACAUGGCAUUGGAUUUGGGAAACGAGAUUUCCUUCUUGAAGAAGUAGGUCCAUUACCAAUAGAUCUUAUGAGAAAGAUUAAAUUAGCUAUUGAUCCAUUAAGAAUCUUAAAUCCUGAUAAAGUAUUUAAAAUUGAUCCUAAUGAAAAGCCUCAGUUUCAUGGAGCUUUUAUUGCCUCUACAGCCGAUGAAUAAUCGUGUGAAUUUCUAUUUUGUAUCUAUUCUAAGUAAAAGUUUUAAAUUUUAUUUUUAAAAGUUUAAUAUUGUUAUUAUUAAUAUAUCUAUAUAUCUAUAUAAAUCAUGAUUUUGAUUGUUUC